GACUGCAGCUGUUGUGACAUCUGUGAUGAGGUGGCUCUCAACACCAGCAGUAACAGGAACAGUGAGGAGGUGGGGGCGGCUGGUGGGGGGUGUGGUCAGAGGCCCAGAGGUCACGUGAACACGUUCCUUGACGUGCUGGACAGUGAAGGCCUGUUGGAGUUCUGUGAUCCGAUCAGCAGACGAGCUGUUCUGUCUAUUGGCUUCGGUUUUUCCAACUCUGAGCUGCUGGCCCUUAGUUCUCGUUUUGUGGAUGAACAGAGAUACCAGGAGAGCCUGGCUCAACUAGACACCCCCCGCCAGGCCCAGUACGAGCGCGUGUUCUCCCAGCAGUACCCCCUAGAGCCUCUGGUGGACGGGCUCCCGGAGACUGUGUGGCUGGCCUGGCUAGAGCCCUCGCUCUCCGUCCUCGCUCACCUCAACGCCAUCAAGAGGAGGAAGUCCAACCUCAGCCGACGCAAGUCUGCCAUGAUCACCAUGGACAGCACAUCGGCGUGUCAUGGCGACUGUGAGAUCACACCCUUCUUGUUCCGGCCCGACCUGCCACACGGGCGACAACUCCGGCUGAUGCGUGAUCAGUUCCUGGCCCUAGAGGCUCUGCUGGACGGCCAUGUGAGACGCAGAACUGGGACCAUACAACGGGCCCCUCUACACGAAGUCCAGGCAGGAAGUCACCCACGAUUCUCAGCGCCGAAUCCGGACACCCGACAUCGGAGACGUCUGCGUCAGUUCCAGCCAUACCCCGCCCUGCAGCGCGACACACUUCUCAGCGAGUACCAGCGGGCUGUGCAAGCACUCGGUCACAGCGACUGAUUCUUCCAGCUGAAAUACACCACAAUUUUCUAGUGCAAAUCUCAGCGCACACUUUGCAACCAGUUGCGAGAAGUUGAAAGCAACCACACAAAGCAUAAAAGGAUUGACGGUGUAGGCUAAAGUUUAGAAGAUAAUAUAAUAUAAUGUACCACAUCAUACACGGACCCUUGUAAUUGUAAUAUCAAACCCACAUUAUCAAAAGGAAAAAGAAUUUCAACUAUAACUCAGGAAUAAUAAAAAGAAAACUCAGAGAA